AUGGCGAAAGCUGCUGCGUUUCUCCUUCUGGAUUUAUGCGUCGCCGCGACGCACCCGGACGCGCUUCUGCGCGGUUCGGCCGACCGCUCCACACUCACCAAGGCCGGAGGACUGCCCGUCUUCAUGAUGCAACUCUACCGGACCAUGCUGACCGAGAACUUGCCCGGAGCCAAGAGCUGGACCGAGGAUAGCCCUGGACUUCAUGGCUCGGAUUAUGUGACAAGCCUUGUCGCUAAAAGCUGCGAGCAGAGAGGCGAAAGGUGGUCCGUCACCUUUGACGUAUCCUCCCUGUCCGCCGGCGACCGCAUCCAACAGGCCGAGCUUCACAUUCGCCUCCCGGACUUCGGCGAGUCCCCCAGAGCCUCGGUAGAUGUCUACCGCUCGUGCUCUGAUCACAGCUGCUCUUGCGGCAAACUCUUUCUGGGCAGCGUGAGGGCCCAUCCCAGCACCAUGAGAUCGUCCUCUUGGAAGGUGUUCUCCGUGACCCGCAUGCUCCAUCGCUGGCAAGAGCAGGGACCGUCCACACGUCAGCCGCAGGACGCUAAGGAGGAUUUGGAGGCAAUUCGGCACAGUCCGACGAACCGGGUUAUGAUGGUGAUUUUUGCAAGGCAGAACCCUGACGUCCAGCAGAUGCCCUCUCUCAUCCACACGGCCGUUCAGUCCAAGUACGCGAGCCCGGACAGGGAAGCCGGCCCCAGGGCUAAGGGCGGUAGGAACAAAAGAUUCUCCCAGCGGCGGGGGAGAGGAAGGAUGUCGGUGGCGACACCUGCUGGCGCUGGGAACAAAGACGAUCCUCUGUGCAGGAAGGUGGACAUGUGGGUAGACUUUGAGAAGUUGGGCUGGAGCCAGUGGAUGGUUUACCCCAAACGCUACAACGCUUUCCGCUGUGAGGGCGCCUGUCCCGCACCUGUCGAUGAGACCUUCAAGCCCACUAACCACGCCUACGUGCAGAGUCUGCUCAGGCUGCACCGCACACCCAAGGUGCCGUGUUUGUCUUGCGCGCCCACCCGUUUGGCGCCGCUGUCCAUGCUGUACUACGAGAACGGCAAGAUGGUCAUGAGGCACCACCGGGACAUGGUGGUGGAGGAGUGCGGCUGCCACUGA